GGUAGAUUGUGGGCCCCCCCCAAGGCCGCCAUUGUCGGGCCUGCCAGGCUGCUUCUACGCAACUGUGUUAACUCGCUCCGUCCGACUGAACGAGACCGGCAGCCCGACAGGCCCGCCUCCUUACGGAGCCCACGUCUCCCUACCGCCUUGGUGAGCCUGGUCUCCUGGACCACCCACUGGAGUGGCAGAAGUCCGGGAGAACCACUUGGACAACGCGGUCACGGAGGUGACUGUGAGCCCGACCGUGAUCCGAUUCGUUCCCAAGGCCCCUCCUGGUCAGGCAGGUACUGCCCUGGCGUUCCCGAGGAGCCUAGCCCGGCCGGAUGUUUGGAGGACCAAGUCGUAACACCGAUCGCGCUUGCCUCCCACCGGGGCUCAGCACAGACUUGUCCCGGCACGCACCCAGACCUGCUCUUCUGCUUUAUACCCCCUACACAGCUCACGGUCCCCAAACAGUGCACCUGCCGGCGGUCCCAACCAGCGGGGGAACUGGACAUGAGGUUGGCAGGCCCACUCCGCAUCGUGGCCCUCGUCAUCACUGUGGGGCUCACCUGGAUCGUAGUCGCCAUUCUCCUGGGUGGGCCUGGUGGUGGCUUCCCUCGCAUCCAGCAACUCUUCACCAGCCCAGAGAACUCAGUGACUGCAGAACCACGGGCCAGGAAGUACAAGUGUGGCCUUCCCCAGCCGUGUCCCGAGGAGCACCUGGCCUUUCGCAUGGUCAGCGGGGCCGCCAACGUGAUCGGGCCCAAGAUCUGCCUGGAAGAUAAGAUGCUCAUGAGCAGUGUCAAGGACAACGUGGGUCGUGGGCUCAACAUCGCCCUGGUAAAUGGGGUCAAUGGUGAGCUCAUCGAGGCCCGGGCUUUCGACAUGUGGGCGGGAGAUGUUAACGAUCUGUUGAAGUUCAUUCGGCCACUGCAUGAAGGCACCCUGGUGUUUGUGGCAUCCUAUGACGACCCAGCCACCAAGAUGAAUGAAGAGACCAGGAAGCUUUUUAGUGAGCUGGGCAGCAGGAAUGCCAAGGAGCUCGCCUUCCGGGACAGCUGGGUGUUUGUAGGAGCCAAAGGCGUGCAGAACAAGAGUCCCUUUGAACAGCACAUGAAGAACAGUAAACACACCAACAAGUACGAGGGCUGGCCAGAGGCGCUGGAGAUGGAAGGCUGUAUCCCGCGAAGGAGCAUGGCCAGCUAGCACAGCUGAGCUCCCGGACCAGGCCGAGGGGUCGGCGCAGCACCAGUGUAAAGUGGAGGCCUUACUCCAUGUCCCAGAAGGAGGCUCUCUAGCCCCAACACAUCUGAGCUCUGAGGCGGCGGGGACCUUGAGGGAUGGGGGCUGUGGUGCUGGCCUGUGACACUUUGGCAGGGGAGCCCAAAUGCCCAUCUUCUUCUUUUCCUGAAGCUGGCUAUGCCGUCAGCCGACAGCCCCAUUCUCCACUCCUAAUGUCAGCUCCUUCCAAUUCCUGGGCAUCCCUGGCACCAAGGAUCCUGGGUGCUUUUCCCUCUCUUUGCAGCGGCCACCUAGCAGGUCGGGUCGACACACAUUCACUGCACCGCAGGCCACCCCUUUCUCCAGUGGGAUUCCUUCCAGUGAGCCAAACCUGGUGGCUUGGCUGCAAGCCUGCCUGCCUCCUGCCUCAACGCUUGACAGGAGCUUGCUGGCCUCAGUACCAAGGUCCCGGGGCCUGAUCAAAGUCCCUAAUGAAGCAUCAGCAGCACGGUUUGUCAGAGUCCCCACUACCCACCUUCUAAAUGACCUCUUAAUAAAUCGAUGGGCCCAGUGGAA